GGGCGGGUGCAAGAAGAGCGAGACGCCGUUCGCGCUGUCCGCCUACGAUACGGACGCGGACGGCCGGCCGGCGGGCCUGUCCGGCAGGACGGUGCUGCCGUAUUACGCGCGGCUCCGGUGCGUCCAGCGGGACAUCGUCGUCGGCGGGUUCGCGUUGACCGCGGACGGCAGCCUGUACCGGGCCGCGGACGGCGCGACCUUGCCGGCCGCCGACUACUGCGUGGAGUACUACGCCGCGGCCGCGGCCGCGGGACAACCGGCCACCGUCCGCCCGGAGGCGUUCGUGUGCGCCUCGGCCGCCGCGGCCGCGGACACGCGCGCCAGCUGGAAGUACUUCGUCAUGCUGGUCGGUUUCGUGCCGUCCAUCGUGUGCCUGGCCCUCACGCUGCUCGUGUACGCCACGCUGUCCGGCCUGCGCAACGUGCACGGCUACUACGUCAUGUGCUACGUGGCGUGCCUGCUCCUGUCGUUCGUCUGCCUGCUGGCCAUCCAGUGGACGCAGGACUCCAUGGAGCGCCAGUGGUGCGAGCUCUUCGGUUAUUUUACAUUAUUUGCAUUUCUGACAACAUUUUGCUGGUUAAAUGUAAUAUGCUUCGAUAUUUACUGGAUGUUAAGAUACAACAAUUCAAUAAACAAAAAUACAUCUAUAUCAGUACGUACCAUUAUAUAUCAUAUUUACUGUUGGGGAUUAUCAAGUAUUUGUGUAUCUACUGGUUAUUUAUUUCAACAUUCACACCACGAAACACUACUGAAAUUAGCACCUGAUAUUGGAAUCCAUAAUUGUUGGUUUUCCGACAACACUAACACUGGAAAUAUAAUAUUCUUCAUACUACCUGUGUCUGUUAUGCUGUCUGUCAAUUUAAUUUUGUUCGUGCUAACUGCUAUUCACUGUUCAAGAAUAAAAUCUGAACUCAAUAAAUUCAAACGAACCGAUUCAAAAACACAACGAUUUCUUGUUGACAAAGAAAAAUUUGUAAUGAGCAUUAAACUAUUUCUGGUUAUGGGAAUUCCGUGGACAUUCGAAAUACUAUCUAAAAUCUUACAAAAUGAUUGGUUCAUAUGGCACAUUUUAGAUGAAAUUAACGCACUACAAGGCGUGAUGAUAUUUAUUAUAUUUGUGGCUAAACGCAAAGUUAUUACGAGUUUACGAAAAAAGUUUAGAGGUUCUAUGGAUCACAGUGAGUCAACAAAAAUGAACACUAUCUCUGGGUCGUCACAAAGCAGCUGUGCUCAUAAAAAUUAUAAUGAUUUCUAAAUGAAAUAUAUAGUUAUAAGUAGUAUCAACUAUUAAGACUUUAUAAGUCUUAAAGCAGAUAAAAAAAAUGAUUUUUUUUUUGUGUCUUUAAAUAUUGCAUUUUUGU